ACAUAACCUAAUCUCUCUAUUUUUGACGGCUAAUGUCAACAUGUUUUUACUAAUUUAAUUGAAUUAACAACCCGCGGUGUCUUUGGCAAUGCUUUUUAAGGUUAAAAAAGGAAGAAAAAAUAGAUAUGUCGGCUAUAGAACGAGUUCGUAUAGUUGUUCUGGGCGAUUCCGGUGUAGGAAAGACAUCCUUCGUUCACCUAGCAGCGCACAACAAACCUCUGAAGUCCCCCAGUUGGACAGUGGGGUGUUCCGUAGAAGUAAAACUGCACGAGUUUAAAGAGGGAACCAAGGAACAAAAGACGUUUUUCGUCGAGUUGUGGGAUGUCGGCGGUAGCAACAAUCACCGAAACGCACGCCAGGUGUUCUACAAUCCCUGUCAUGGUCUCAUACUAGUGCACGAUCUAAGUAACAUAAAAUCCGAGGAGAACCUGAACAAGUGGCUGCAAGAGGUGCUGUAUCGAGACGUGGCUCUCACAAGUGUGUGCAGUAACGACGAAUACGACUCGGAGAGUUUCCUGGGGGCCUCUCAAAUCCCCAUUCUCGUAAUCGGAACCAAACUGGACCAGGCGGACGAUAAAAAACCCAACAGGAGAAAAUUCGCCAACGAGGUCGGGGCGGAUGAAAUUAUUCUGGAUUGUAGAGGGGUGAGAUAUUUGGCCGCAGCCACCACAAAUGCUGUUAAGUUGUCCAGGUUCUACGACAGGGUUAUCGAGCAAAGUAUUAAAUACAGCAGCACAUACAGUGGAAACUCCAUAUCAUCGUCUAUAUUGCCCAGCAAAUUUUAUUCCCCUCAUCAAGACUAAAUGACUGAUUUACUUUUCCAUUAAUAUACUUUUUAUUAAUUUUCCAGAGUUAUUUUUACUUUAUUGUGAUGUCACAAGUAUCAAGCUUUCUAUUGGUCAAAAUGUGCCCUGUUGUCAAAAAAGGUUAUGUAC